AUGGUCUCGGUCAACAGACGUCCUUCUCUGCUCCCUGACGCGCCCAAGGACCAUCAUGUUGGCAGUCCUCCGACGGGGUUCAAGAACCCGUGGCCUUCGCACGAUCCCGGCCACCACAGCCUUGCGAAUCUUCUAAAGGUGCGCUUUGGCAAGGGUCGCCCGGCAUUCGCGCCAGUUCCUGACACCCGCGAAGAGCUCGUCCCCGUGCGGAACGUCGACUUCUUGAACACAGACUCCGGGUUCAAGGUGACCUGGAUCGGACAUGCCAGCUUCCUUAUGCAGACGUCUAAACCCGAGGGCGCUACGCGAGGCAUCAAUAUCCUGUGCGACCCAGUUUUCUCGGAACGAACAUCCCCAGUGUCCUGGUUCGGGCCCAAGCGAUACACGCCCACCCCUUGCACUCUACCGGAGCUGCUGGAUGCCGUGGAAGUCGACAUCGUCGUCAUCAGCCACAACCACUACGACCAUGCGGAUGCGGAGUCGCUCAAAUUAAUUUGGGCCAGGAGAGAGUCCAAGGUUCAUUUCCUGGUGGGGCUGCACAACUCGCGCUGGCUGAACGCACUGGGCAUUGACCCGUCCUCCAUCACGGAACUCGACUGGUGGGACGGCGUUGACGUGCACGUCGAAAACGUCGGCAAGGUCCAAAUCACGUGUACCCCGACACAGCACUUCUCGUCGCGCAGUAUCUGGGAUCGAGACCAUGACCUAUGGUGCUCCUACGCCAUUCGCGACCUGCAGGGAUCACGCAAAAAUGUGUACUUCGCAGGGGAUACAGCGUAUCGAUCGAUCCACGCCAAUGACCUGUCGCGAGAGGAAGAGGACGCCCAGCCCGUCUGCCCGACGUUCAAACAGGUCGGUGAGCUGUUGGGACCAUUUGACCUGGCACUCUUACCGAUAGGAUUGUGCUCGCCCAGAAACUUCAUGUCCAAUGUCCAUGCCAACUCGUGGGACUCAAUCCGGAUCCAUCAGGACGUGCGGAGCAAGAAAUCAGUCGGCAUGCAUUGGGGGACGGUCCGUGGAGGUCUAUCACAGUACUAUGAGGAUGUUCGCACGCCGGCGAAGCACUGGAAGAUGGCCGCGGACGAGGCCGGGUUGAAAUGGGGAGACGAGAUAGCGUUGGUCGAUGUCGGAGAGACUCUGGUAGUGGCUUGA